AUGGCGGACACUGAGACGAAGGCGUGGCUCAAGACGGAGCUGGUGAGCGCUCUGGGCUUCGCGGAGGUGGACGAGAUCGUGGCCUACAUCACCAGCACCUUCCGCUCCAAGCAGGAGGCGUCCAGCUACCUCGUCGAGCUGCUGGGCAUCCCCGCCGCGCGCGCGGAGCAUAUCGGCACGCGGCUGUUCGCCCCGGCGCCGCCGCCGGCUGCCCCCAAGGAGACGGAGGGGCUGGUGCCUCGCCCCACAGCCGUGAACUCGCGCUUUAAGCCCAGCAAGAAGGGCAAGAAGGCGGCGGCGCUGUUGAACAACGCGCUUAUCAUCAACUGCCUGCGUUGCGGCCGCAUUGAGUACAAUGGCGGGCGCCGCUGCGCCUUCUGCGACUCGGAGCUGCACUACGAGGCGGACGCGGCGACAGCAGACCACGCCGCGCAGCAGCACAUGGAGGAGCUGGUGCGGCUCGACGAAACCGGCGCCCAGCGCACGCGCGUUCUUGACGCCGAGCAGUACUUCUACGACGAGGAGCAGGUGGGCCAGCGCCGCGAGGAGGAGGGCGACGACACUGGCAGCAGUAGCAGCAGUGCAAGACGCCCGAUCACGAUGGCGCUGGACCUGGAGAACCGGCAGUUCGUGGACGUCAAGAUCGCGCGCAACGAGCAGCUCGCCAAGGACGCUCGCGAGCUCGUGGACGGCGUCCAGCGCAAGAUGAGCAAGGGCAAGCGCGGCAAGGGCGGUCAGCAGCAGACGGAGAUGCCGCCGCGCUCGGGCGGCAUCCGCGAGGCGCUCGUGGUCGUGGACGACUCGUACAGCCUCGUGUUCGUCGCGGCGCUCGACAAAAAUCGCGCAGCAACGCCGCGGCGGAAGCUGGCGCGGCAGCAGCAACACUUCCAGAUUUGCCUCCUGCAGUGCACGGCCCCGCCCCGCGACUCUAGGCCCCAGCGGCCGCCGAUUCCUGCCAUGUCGACGACGGUGAGCGCGGCCAAGGGCCCGAAUGCGCUGCAGCGCCGGGUGGCCGAGUCUGCGAGCCAGAGCACGGCGCCUGCCAACCCGCUCUGGGACUUCUACGCCUGCGGACUCGUGGACGAGAACGACGACUGCUCCGAGGGCGAAGACACGGAAGACGAGCUGGAGACCCAGGACUACAUCCUGUUCCAGCGCCAACGCGCCCAGGCGCGUCUCGCCAACGCGCACCAGCGUGAAGCCCGCGUCCUGCGCGCCGCCAAGCACUGAUAGACCAAGUGCGAUCGGUCAUGGCGAUCGCCGCCGCCACCACCAACACCUUCCCAGCUAGCGUGCCUCCCCAUGCGUAAUGUUUCAAGAGCUGUAGAAUACGAUUGAUAAAUAGAUAAAUGGGAAC